ACCACGAACAGUGACUUUGGAUUUGUAUUCUUAUUUUCGUAGAGCUUUUAUUUUUUAAAGCUAUAUUUGACCAUCAGUGUUGACAGGAUUCAGACUUUCACACCUGGUGCGCACUCUUCUCCCAUUUCCAUCGUCCCAGUGACGCUGCUCAGCUCAGCUCACCUGAGGAGGCUCAGUGUCACACAUGGAGGCUGGCGGGGUGUUUCUCUAAUCAGGCCUGUGGACGAGCUGAGCGUUGGGAUGAAGGAUCGACUGGCCGAGCUGACUGCUAGCAGCACACAAGCAGAGGAGGAUGUUGCAGUCACAGUGGACAGAGAUGGCUUCAUGGAGAGCUUCUUCAGGAGGGUUGAAGAAGUCAGAGGACUCAUUGAUAAGAUCGCCUACCAAGUGGAGGAGGUGAGGAAGAUCCACAGCAUGAUCCUGACUGCACCCAACCCUGAUGACAGAACAAAGGAUCAACUGGAUGCACUGACCAACGAUAUCAAAGGGAACGCCAACGUGGUGCGAACAAAAUUAAAAUCCAUGGAGCAGAGUAUGCCCAAAGAUGAUGCAGCCAACAGAUCCUCUGUUGACUUCAGGAUCCAGAAAACACAGCACACAGUGCUGUCCAGGAAGUUUGUGGAGGUCAUGACCCAGUACAAUGAGACGCAAGUGUCCUUUCGGGAAAGAAGCAAAGGACGGAUCCAGAGACAGCUGGAGAUAACUGGAAGAGUGACCACUAAUGAGGAGCUGGAGAACAUGUUAGAAAGUGGAAAUCCAUCCAUCUUUACAUCUGAUAUCAUUUCUGAUUCCCAGAUCACGCGUCAGGCCGUGAACGAGAUAGAGUCUCGACACCAAGACAUCAUUCGUCUGGAGUCGAGCAUCAGAGAGCUCCAUGCCAUGUUCAUGGACAUGGCAAUGCUGGUAGAAACUCAGGGGGAAAUGGUUGACAACAUUGAGAAGAACGUCUCCAACGCAGCCGAAUACAUUCUCCGUGCAAAGGAAGAGACCAAAAAAGCAGUGCGAUACCAGAAAAAAUCCCGGAGGAAACGUCUCUGCCUUGCCACGUGUGUGGCUGGAGGUUUCCUAUUUUUACUCAUCAUAAUAGUCGGAGUCUUUGAGUGAUGGAUUUCAUGGUUUGCAGCCUGUCAGCACUGUGGGCACUCCUGUAGUGAAGGGGCAGGGAGCAGUUCUACACAGGUAGAAUACAGCGUCCUGCACAUAUCCCUUUGCCUUAGCUGUUUUAUAAUGAACACUGACAGCACAUCACAUCCAUACACUGGUGUACAUUCUCUGUUGCUGCCAAUUUUCACAUUGUGUACCACCUUCAGACAUUUCUUUAUCUAAUGACUGUAAAGGUAUAGUUUUACAUUUUUACACUCCUUGCAGAGAGAGGUAGAUGAGACUAGUGGUUUCAUUCUCAUGUCUAUAUGAAGCUACACCACCAGGAGCCUCAUACCUUAGCUUCACAGACUGGAAACAGAAAGCAGCUAGCCUUACUCUGUCCAAAAUGGGGCCCGGCCAAUAUAUAGGUCAGCUGACAAAAAUCAGUCGAUAUGAGCCUUUCACUGACAAAUUGAUCAACAUUUAUAUUCGCUGAUAUGAAAGGUUAUUUAUACAGAUAAAACAACAAUGCUGAAAAGAUGUGCACUUAUAUAGAAUACAUUUUAUGUAUUUUUAUUUCAAUUUGUGUUUUUUUGU